CUAUACUCUAUACACCAUUUCACCAUCCAAUCCAUCUCCCCUACUCCCAAAAACAAAAAUCUCACAACCCCUCUCCUCCAAUUAACAAACACACACAAACACUUUCUUCUCUCUCCACCAAUUCUUGUAGCCACAAUGCUGGAAGAUUCAGCAUCUGCAAUCCAAUCCUCAUCCCUCUGGGCCUCCAUGAACAGCUGGCUCACCCCCACAGUCCUCUUCCUCCUCCUCAACCUCAUGAUCGCCACCAUUGCCUUCACCUCCUCCACCUUCUCCCACCCCCAAAAUCCCCCUCCCUCCCCAGCCAGAUCACCGUCGCUCCUCCACCGCCUCAAAUCCAUCAACCUCCUCUCCUCCCCUCCGCCCCAAGACUCCUCCCUCCACCACAAACAGAUCCCCGAUUCCGACACCCACUUCGCCGCCCACUACUUCUUCCCCAACCCCCAUGAAUCCGAAGAAACCCCCACCUCCGCCGCCGCCGCUGCUCACGAAUCGUCGCCCCACCUCGCCUCCGCCGCCGCAACCGGCCGAGAAACCGAGGCCCACUUCGAUUUCGAGGAAAAAGCUCCGAUCUUUGCCGAUUUCGAGGCGGCCCGCGAAGGGGAAAGUGAGAGUCUUGAAAUGAGCAUGGAUGAGGUUUACAGCCAGCUUAAUAAAGAUGCCACCCACUUUAACAGGACGAAAUCCGACACGAAGCCCGCCGGCGGCGAGAUUCCGGCGAAAUUGGCAGCGAAGAUGCGGAAGUCGGCGAGUGUGAAAUCGGCGUUCAAUCACUUCGAGGAGGGGGACAUCAUGGAGGCGCGGCGGCCGGCGACGGUGAGGGAGGGCCGCGCCGCCGUGGCGGACGAGGGCGGCGUUGAUGCGAAAGCCGACGACUUCAUCAAUCGGUUCAAGCAGCAGCUGAAGCUGCAGCGGUUGGAUUCGAUUAUCAGGUAUAAGGAUAUGAUUGGAAGAGGGAGGUAAAUUUGAUUAAAAAAAUGGAAAAAAAUUUAAAAAUAUUUUGAGGGGUUAUUCUGGAAUUUAUGUUAAGUUGUGGGGUUCUUUUGUAAUUUUUGGAUUUGUUGGAGUAAAUUGUUAGUUGUUGAUGGUGGAAUUUGGAUCUUGAUGGUGUCUUACCUGUGGUUGGAUAGUUGGAGCUUUGCUUUGUGUUGUGGUGGUGGCUUGAAUAUGGGGUGGGUAUUUUGGUCAUUUCGCUUGGUGUUUUUUUGCAUUCAUUUGUAGUGAUCAUAUGGUUAGGUGAAUGAACGGCUAAUUAUUCUUAUUUAUGUAAUUGUAUUUGCUUUUUAGUGAUAGAGAACAUGUUUUCAUUUCGAAA